CUUCUACUGUAAAAUUUUGAAAUAUGAGCAAAGAAAUAGAAAUAGCCGUUAAAGAUUUCGUCUCCUCUUUUCUCUCCCUCUCAUACACACAAGCUUUCUGCUUUCUCUCAUACUCUAUUCAAUUUGCAAGCUUUUUCUUUCUAUCUAAAUCUUUGAGGAACCCUAAUUUUUGAGUGCAGAUUUCUUCAAUCGACUGCCAGCGUACUUGAUUUGAAGAAAAAAAAAAUGGAUGAUCAAAUCGCAGAAAAUGUCCGAGAAAAUUGCAACGAAAACGCAUUUAUUGAAUGGGAAAUUGAUACACCUUCUGGACGACACGAAAAAGUAGAAGAAAGUGAAAGUUCAAUUGAUGCAAGUUUGUUCUCCAUUGAGUCCCAAGGAUUAUCAGUUGAUGAGGAGCCUCAGCUUCCAAUUCUAAAGAAACUCAGUGACCUUAGUGACAAAAUUCAGAUCUUGAGAAAAGAGCAUACUGUUCUUACUAAUGAAGUAAAGGAUAUAACAAGCAAACAAUUUCCUGGAUUUGAAGUUGUGAAUACACUUCAGCACCUCAGUGUGGAGCAUGAGGAUUUAAAGAAGAAAUACACGGCAGAGUGUGAGCUUCUAAAGAAAAAGUAUGUUGAAGAAUAUACUGAAAGAAAGAGGCUCUACAAUGAAGUUAUCGAGCUCAAAGGCAAUAUUAGGGUCUUUUGUAGAUGUAGACCAUUGAAUCAAGAGGAAGUUGCAAAAGGGUCGACUUCUGUCAUUGAAAUUCCCUCAUCCCAAGACCAUGACUUGAAUGUAAUUUGUGCUGAUUCUUCAAAGAAACAGUUCAAAUUUGACCAUGUGUUCGGGCCACAAGAUGGCCAAGAAGACGUGUUUGCACAAACAUCCCCAAUUGUCACCUCUGUGUUGGAUGGCUUCAAUGUUUGCAUUUUCGCAUAUGGACAAACGGGAACUGGAAAGACUUUUACCAUGGAAGGCAUACCUGGUAAUAGAGGUGUCAACUAUAGGACUUUGGAGGAGUUAUUCAGAGUUGCUAAUCAGAAAAGUGGUACCAUGAAAUACGAGUUUCUUGUCAGCAUGUUGGAGGUCUACAAUGAAAAAAUAAGGGACCUUUUGGUUGAGAAUUCCAGUGAACCACCAAAGAAGUUGGAAAUAAAACAAGCUCCAGAGGGGACACAAGAAAUUCCUGGACUGUUUGAAGCUCGAGUUCAUGGUACAGAAGAAGUAUGGGAAUUACUGAAGACAGGGAACCGAGUUAGAUCUGUUGGAUCAACCAAUGCAAAUGAAUUCAGUAGCCGUUCCCAUUGCUUGGUGCGGGUGACUGUGAAAGGGGAAAAUAUGGUAAAUGGACAAAGGACAAAGAGUAAUCUUUGGUUGGUAGACUUGGCUGGAAGUGAACGUGUUGGAAGGAUUGAGGUUGAAGGUGAAAGACUCAAGGAAUCCCAAUUCAUAAACAAAUCGUUAUCAGCUCUUGGUGAUGUCAUCUCUGCCCUUGCAACUAAAACAGCGCAUGUUCCAUACAGGAACUCAAAGCUCACCCACAUGUUGCAAAGCUCUCUAGGCGGAGAUUGCAAGACCCUGAUGUUCGUCCAGAUUAGUCCCAGUGAUGCAGACUUGGGGGAGACUCUGUGCUCCCUGAACUUUGCAAGUCGAGUCAAGGGGAUCGAGUAUGGUCCUGCCCGCAAGCAGGCAGACAUGUCUGAACUCCUCAAGUAUAAACAUCUGGCUGAAAAGUUAAAGCACGAUGAGAAGGAAACAAAGAAACUACAGGAUAGUGUACAAUCAUUGCAGCUAAGGCUUUCUACUAGAGAGCAUCUAUGUAGAAGUCUUCAGGAGAAGGUGCGAGAUCUUGAGAAUCAACUGGCAGAGGAGAGGGAAACUAGACAGAAACAAGAAAGUGGAGCAAUAGCUGCUGCAAGACAACCAAGACAAACACUCAAGACUGUGGCCGAGAAGAAGCCUCCACUAGGUCCUUCAAACAAGAGGAUGCCACUGCGAGGAAUUUCCAAUUUCCUACCCUCACGAACACCCGUACCAUCCAAGAGACAAUCAAACAUGUCUUGUCGUCUUCCAAGUUCAUUCGAUGGUAAAGAAAACGUGUCCACUGGGUCAAAUGCAAGAACUACAAGGGGUCCACGAAGGGUGUCCAUUGCUUUGAGACCGUCCAAUGAAACAGUGGCGCAUGCUUUACAACCCAAACGAAGGGUCUCCAUAGCUACAUUUCGCCCUGACCCAAAUUUGCACCAUACCAGCACCCCUAAACGUGAGAGUACGUUAGUACCAAGGCUCUCUUUUCUGAAGGAGACGUCAAGAGCAAGACGUUUUUCAAAGGUGUUUUCUCCUCUACCAGAGAGAAGAGGUGUAACAAGUUCCAUAACAGAAGCAACACCUAUGAGCAGUGGGAGGUUUAUGGCAAGCCCACGGAGGGCAUCCAUUGCUGUCAGACCAUCCAAUGAGACAGUGGCGCAUGGUUUACAACCUAGAAGAAGGGUCUCCACAGCUCCACUUCAUCCUGAGCAAGAUUUGCACCACACCAGCACCGCUAAACUCGAAAGCACAUUAUUACCAAGACCCUCUUUUCUCAAGGAAACAUCGACUGCAACGCGUUUUGCAAAGAUGUUUUCUCCUCUAACAGAGAAAAGAACUCCGAUAAGUUCCUCAAUAGAACAAACACCUAUGAGCAGCAGGAGGUUUAUGGCAAGCCCACCUACACAUCAGGUCGGUUCGUGGAGGCCAAAGCACCCAACUGUUGUUGCCCUGCAGAAAAAACCGGUCAUUUGGAGUCCACUCAAGUUGCGAGGCUUGAGAAACGUCAGGAAAUCUAUUGUAUGAUCAUGUUAAAUUUAGUGUGGAAACUGAUCAAUACAGAUUCAAGCUUUACAAAUCCUUAGUUCCCUUCAAUUCUUUGUUAGAUGGAUGUUCUGAUCUCACUUCUUGUGUAUGUAAUUGAAAGUCGACUAUUUUUUUUUAUUAUAUUGGUAAAGUUUUUCUUUUGCAAAUUUAGCCAAAUGAGGAGCUUUUUUUGUUAUA